AUGUCGCGUCGUAGAGAAGGGAGCGAGAGAAGGAAUAGUAAGAAACAAAUGACUAUAGAUAUAGAUGGUACAAUUAUCUUACCUCCUGAUGUAAUUAUACAGCUGCAGCAGCAGCUGCAGCAGCAGCAGCAGCAGCAAAUGCAACAAAUACAACAGCAGCUACUACUGCAGCAGCAGCAGCAGCAGCAAAUGUUCUAUGGACCAAUGGUCCAUUGUGUUGCUGCGCCGCAGCCGCAGUUCCCCUGUGUCGUUAUGACUAAACCAGCAGAGACUGCAGCAGCUGUUGCUGCAGCAGCAGCAGCAGCAGCAGCAGCAGCAGCUGGGGCCCCACAGCCAUACUACCAGGUCUAUGGACAACCGACAGCAGCAGCAGCAGCAAAUCCUCAAGCCGCAUGUCCUGAACCGCAGCAGCAGCAACAGCAAGCAACAGCCCCUGCUGAGCAGCAGCAGCAGCAGCAGCAGAAGCAGUACAUUGUGCAGCAGCAGCAGCCGCAGCAGCCGCAGCAGCAGUACGUCAUACAGCAACCGCAGCAAACUGUGCUGCUGCAGCAGCCCAUGCUGCUGCCGCAGCAGCUAGCAGCACUGCAGCAGCAAGGAUAUGCCCCUGGUACUGUCUUCGCCUUGCCUCAGCAGCAGCAGCAGCAGGUGCUGCUGCAGCCAACAGCAGCAGCAGCAGCAGCAGGAGGAGAGACAGAGAUACAAAUAACACCAGCAAUGCCUGCUGUAUACCCUUGCGCACCCAUGCAGCAGCAGCCAACCUUCGUGCUGCAGCAGCAGCCUAUGCUGCUGCAGCCAGCAGCAGCAGCAGCAGCAGGCUACCCAGGACCUGUUGCUGCAGUGCAGCAGCCAGCUAUGAUUCUUACAGGGGGAGGAGGGGCAGUUGUGCUGCAGCUGCAGCAGCCCCCUCCCUUCCGUCGCUCGCAUACGCAGCAGCAGCAGCAGCAGCAGCAGCAGCAGCAGCACCAUCCAAGUCGCUUCUGUGGCAUGUGGAUGUGA